AUGGCUGACCGAGAUAUCCUGCCCGCGGUUUUCAAGCCCUCCCACUACAACCUUUCCAUCUCGGCACUCGAGUUCGAGAAUUGGACUUACCAAGGGAAGGUGACUAUCGAUGUGACAGUGACGGAGUCCACCAAAGAGAUUGUGCUCAAUUCGCUCCAUAUCAAGCUGCACACUGCCAAGAUCACUGUUCAACACCCCAACGCGUUACAGCCGCUGGAAACCACCAACUUUGCGUACGAUGAGAAGAAGCAGCGCGCCACUCUGAGCUUCGCUGAGGCCAUUCCAGCCUCUCAGAAGGCCUCUCUGGAGAUCAUAUUCGAAGGCAUCAUCAACAAUGACAUGGCUGGGUUCUACCGCAGCAAAUACAAGCCCGUGGUCCCAGCUGCUGCCUCGGUUCCGAAGGAUGAUGAGAAUCACUACAUGUUCAGCACUCAGUUCGAAGCCUGUGAUGCCCGCCGUGCAUUCCCGUGUUUUGAUGAGCCCCGUCUCAAGGCCACUUUCGACUUCGAAAUCGAGAUCCCUGAUGACCAAAUUGCUUUGUCGAACAUGCCUGUCAAGAGCACCUCGAAGACCAGUGGUGGCCGACAGAUGGUAUCGUUCGAGACGACACCCGUCAUGAGCACCUAUCUUCUUGCCUGGGCUGUUGGUGACUUUGAGUAUGUUGAGGCUUUCACCGACCGUCGCUACAACGGCAAACAGAUCCCCGUUCGAGUGUACACCACUCGGGGCCUCAAAGAGCAAGGCCGCUACGCUUUGGAGCAUGCCCCCAAGACCAUCGACCUGUUCUCUGAGAGCUUCGGCAUUGACUAUCCGCUUCCUAAGUCUGAUCUCCUGGCGGUGCAUGAAUUCACGCAUGGAGCGAUGGAGAACUGGGGCUUGGUAACGUAUCGUACGACUGCUGUUCUGUUUGACGAGAAGACUUCGGAUGCUAGGUACAAGAAUCGUAUCGCGUAUGUAGUCGCUCACGAGCUGGCACAUCAGUGGUUCGGAAACCUUGUCACCAUGGAUUGGUGGGAUGAACUUUGGCUCAACGAAUCUUUCGCGACAUGGGCCGGAUGGUAUGCCGUCAACGAAUUCCAUCCCGACUGGCAGGUCUGGGCCCAGUUUGUUGGCGAAGGUAUGAAAUCGGCCUUCAAGCUAGAUUCCAUGCGCGCCUCUCACCCAAUCCACGUCCCAGUCCAGGAUGCUCUGGAUGUCAACCAGAUCUUCGACCAUAUCAGCUACCUCAAAGGCUGCUCUACCCUCCGAAUGUUGGUUAACCAUCUGGGCGAGAAGACGUUUUUGAACGGUGUGUCGAUUUAUCUCAAGAAGCACGCCUAUGGCAACGCUAAAACAGAAGCGCUGUGGGCCGGCCUCUCAGAGGCCUCGGGCGUCGAUGUCGACUCCCUGAUGGGAACUUGGAUCAAGAAGAUUGGAUUCCCCAUGUUGACUGUUGCUGAAGAGCCCGGUCAAGUUAGUGUCAAGCAAUCCCGCUUCUUGUCCACCGGCGAUGCUAAGCCCGAGGAAGACCAGACAACAUGGUGGGUGCCUUUAGGCCUACAAGGCAAGACUGACACAAAGGAAGUCCAGACACUAGCGCUUACUGCCAGAGAGGACACCAUCCGUGAUAUGGACAGCGAUUUCUACAAGCUCAACCACAACGGUACCGGUUUCUACAGGACGAACUAUCCUCCGGCUCGAUUGGCCAAGCUUGGCACGCAACUUGGCAAACUAACUGUCGAGGACAAGGUAUCAAUUGUGGGAUCUGCCGCCGAUCUUGCAUUCUCCGGAUAUGGAAACACCCCCGCGCUGUUGUCGUUCCUUCAAGGCUUCGGCAGGGAAACUAGCCAGAUCGUUUGGGCACAGGCAUUGGAUUCUGUCAGCCUAGUGAAGUCCAUCUUCGGGGAUGACGAAGCGAUCAAGAAGGGCAUGGAGAGCUUCGUACUAAAACUUAUCGACGACGCAGUUGGGAAGAUCGGAUGGGAGUUUUCUGAAGACGAGGAGUAUCUCACCCGUCUGCUUCGGAAGAGACUUCUUCUCAGUGCUGCUAUGAAUGGACACCGGGAAGUGUUGGAGAAGGCCAAUCAACUUUUUGAGUCGUGGAGCAAAGACGGUGUUGCAUUUAAUCCCAACCUACGAACGAUUGUGUACCGUGCUGCAAUCAAGGCCGACGCAGCAAAGGCAUUUGGCGUCCUGAAGAAUGAGUGGGAGAAGGGCGCGUCGAUUGACGGCAAAGAAAUGUGUCUCGCAGCCCUAGGCCACAUCAGGGACACAGAGUUGAUCAACAACAAGGUUCUACCAUUCCUCUUUAACCUCUCUCCUCCGGCCCCAACGUCCAAUAGUGUCCCGAGCGGUGACAUGCACACUCUUGGAUCAGCACUGGCAGGCAACUCGUCAUCCCGUCCGUUGCUCUGGGAGUACCUCCAGGCCAAUUGGGACCAAGCCACAAAGAAGAUGGCAAACCCUGUCGUCCUCGACCGGUUCGUCAGAGUGACUUUGAACAAAUUUACAGAUGCCAAGUACCUGGGUCAGAUUGAUGCCUUUUUCAAGGACAAAGACACAAGCUACUUCGAUCGAACCCUCGAGCAGGUGAAGGAUGCUGUACGGGGACGUGCAGCGUACCGUGAGAGAGACGCCGCGGUGUUGAAGGAAUGGCUGAGCGCCAACGGUUAUCUCUCAUAG